AUGUCAGUUCCGCGGGUUGAGAGGUCUGCUUGUUACAGACCGGCGGAGGUGGCGGACGUUGAUGAGGAGCGAAGCCAGCCCGUCGGCGCCCCCGACGUUUCCCAGGGGGCUCGGCAUUUCUCACCCUCUUCAGGCGACCAUGCCGCGGCAAAUGCCGUCUAUAGCGCAGAAGCCCAGCAUGGAGGUGCGUGCGUGUUUCGCGGCAACUCAGCCGCCGCUCCGCUCCCUCUGCUUCCUUCCUCUUCGUCAGCUAUUCCGCCCUCCAGUGCAUCUCGGCCCCACUUGACGGCGCCCGUCCACAGGUUUGCAAGGGAGGCAGAUCUUUCUCAGCUGCCCCUCGGAGCUGUCCGCUUCCGCCCCGUGAAGGCUUCGGACUAUUGGCAGCUUCGGCAGUUGCACGAGGAGCUUUUCCCGUUCAAAUACGAGCACGCCUUCUUCGAGUUCGUUUGCAGGGGAGAGUGCUUCUCUCUCGCUGCUGUCGUUUCCAGAGAAGACCUGCAGCGCCUGCCACGGCUCCUGGGGCCGUCCAUGCAGCCGCGGCCUUCGGCGGAGGGCGAGGCCCGCGCACGCGAGUUCUCUGCGAGUUUCCGCCCCCGCAAUUCGAACGCAGCGCCUUCAUCCGUUGGCGCAGUCGUCACACCAGCGGCAACCCAAGAACACGAACGCGGCCUAGGCGGCGUGGAAUCUCCACUUGCGGCGUACAGAAGUCCCUCGGGUCCCCAUGCACGCGCCUCGGAACCCACGGACGCCUCCCCUCCGGCCUUCAAGGCCCCUGGCGGGGUCGUACCCGACGGUGAAAGCACCGGCGAGCGGUCGCUGACGCACGCAGGCGACACUGCGCCGAAGUACCCGGACGACGUCCUCCCCCACGAGCCGGCGGAGUUGAGGUGCAAGCCUUCCGCGAGACGACAGGAUCCACGGGAGGCGCCGGAUGUCGCGCGUGAGCAUUCAUCAGACGCGAGGGACGCGACGGAUAACGGAAGUCGCGCACAGGCGUCCACGGGAGGUACCCAGGAGCGGAAUCCGCACUGCGCUGAAGAUGAGCCCGACGAGUUCGUUGUGGGGAUCAUCACGGUCUCGCAGCGGUGCGCUCACAUUCGAGCUCACGAGAUGAACUGCUUGCGGAAGUGGUACAGAUGGAAGCACGAGUGUGCGCGUGAAGCUAGCCCUGCCUCAAGCACCGCCGUGUCGCCGGCAGAUUGCGACGAGAAAAAGCCCGUUUGUUGCAGCCACGCUGCGGGAUUGCGAGGACGGCUUCGAUCAGCCACGAUGCGGCACCAAGGUGCGGACGCUGCGCGUGAACACGGCGGCUCCGAGCAUUUGCGCGAUUCGUGCGGCACAGGAACUCAUCCCAGUAUGCGUGAAAGAUCCGACGAACUACGGGACGGCAGCGGAAAUGGCAGCACAGGCGAGAAGCAUCUGACUGCGUUCCCCUCAGAAGAGGCGACCAGCCUGAUUUUCCCGAAUUUGCAAGCUGAUGAAUCUGUAGCAGAUCUGGCGUAUAUCCUAACGUUAGGAGUCGCGGAGGAGUUCCGGCAGAAGGGCGUCGCGCAGGAACUCAUUCAACGGACUCUGACCUACUUUGCGUGCCCGUGUGCCAACAGGCUCCCGACGCAAGUGAUAUUCCUACAUGUGGUAGAUUACAACCACGCAGCAGUGCAUUUCUAUGAGAAACAAAAGUUCGAGUGUCUCGAUCACACAAAGGACUUCUACCACAUCUACGGCGCGCUCCAUGGGGCUUUCUUGUAUGCAUUCAACCUGGCAGCUCUGAAGUCUCGCUGCGAGUGUGCCGCCAGAGCACCGGCGAAGUGCCCUCUGCGGUUUUCCUCCACAGAGGCUGCCGGCGAACACGCCCAUCGAAACGUUCAGUGGGGACUGGCUGGCGUGCAAAACGUCUUUCGAAAAGUGGGAGAGACUUUGGUGCACCUGUGGAGCUUCCCUAACCACGCCAAAGGCGUCGACCCCGCCGACGCCCGCGCUGGCGGUGGAAUCCUGUACGAGGACGGUUUGAGGUCGUGUCCAGGGCAGCAAGAGGAUGGCAAUGAACACAUGCAGCGCGACGCUGGCGGACGCGCGCGAUCCGCGUGA